AUGUGGACAUCCCUCUACGACCUUUUGGAUGAGACUCCAAAUUGGAGAAAUCUCCCCAUAAGGGAGAUAAACGCUGUGAUGGCCAGGUGGGGGCCAUUGAAAGUGCGCACCACCACCAACAAUAGGAAAUAUAAAGGAGUUUUGAAACUAUGGGAGAUGACGGCUGAGUCGAUUUUCGGGAGAGGUCGAACAAUUCAAGACGACCUCGAAGAAAAAGGAUUCUUGGUCGUCUACCCAUACGAUCGAAUCGUUUUCGUCCAAGGAAUGGGACAAGACAUUUCUUCGCGGUCCACAGGACCUGGCUUCGCCGUCCUGAAGACCGCAUGGUCUUCUUGA